AUGACCGCCGAAAUUUCCAAGGUUUUUUAUGGAACGUUUAUUCAUUCCUUAUCCCUUAAAAAUCUUGAAAUUUUACAAAAUACUUUGUUGGGAAUAGAUUAUUUUGGAAAGAUAGCUUUCAUUGAAAAAGAUAUUUUGGACGAAAAAACUUUAAAUGAAAUUCUUUUUCAAUGGAAAUUUCCUGAAGAUGAUGUUAUUAGAUUGAGUAAGUGGCAAUUUCUCAUGCCAGGAUUCGUUGAUACUCAUACACAUGCAUCUCAAUAUCCUAAUGCAGGCACCGGUAUGGAUUUACCGCUUCUCGAUUGGUUAAAAAAAUAUACUUUUCCACUUGAACAAUCUUAUUCAUCUCUUUCAUUUGCCAAGAAAAUGUACCCUACCAUAGUAAGUCAUCUACUGCGUAAUGGAACGACAACGGCUGUUUACUUUGCAACUACUCAUCUCGAAUCAAGUGAAUAUUUAGCAAAAAUUGUUAAAGAAAAAGGACAGAGAGGAUUUGUUGGAAAAGUUAAUAUGGAUUGUAAUUCUCCCAAUGAUUAUGUCGAAACUUUAGAUGAUAGUGUUAAAUCUACGGAAGAAUUUAUUGAUUAUGUCCUAAAUUUAGAAGAAGAAAAGGACGGUUCAAGACUUGUUUAUCCAAUAAUUACUCCAAGAUUCGCCAUUACUUGUACAUCACAGCUGAUGAGCUCAAUUGGAUCGUUGGCGAAAAAGUAUGACAUACCAAUUCAAUCACAUUUAUCGGAAAAUUUAGAUGAAAUCGAAUUUAUUUCUAAAUUAUUUCCUAACUUGUCAGAUUAUACAACAGUAUAUGAUCAUCAUGGUUUAUUAAAUGGAAAGACGAUUAUGGCUCAUGGUAUACAUUUGUCAUCAAAAGAACGAAAGUUGAUUAAAGAACGAAAUGUUGGUAUAUCACAUUGUCCCACGUCGAAUUUUGCCAUCUGUUCAGGUAUAUGUAAUGUUAGACAAUUGUUAAAUGAAGGUAUUAAGGUUGGUUUAGGUACCGAUUUGAGUGGCGGUUAUUCAAAAUCUAUUUUAAAUGCUGUGAGGAAUGCAAGUAUCGCAAGUCGUGUUGUAUUUAUGGCUAUUCCGUCAAAGGGUAAUGACAAAUCCUUUCCGCACCUUACUUUACCUGAAUUAACUUACUUGGCUACUAUGGGUGGUGCUGAAUUAGUUAACCUUGACCAGAAAAUCGGAAACUUUCUAAUUGGUAAAGAAUUUGAUGCUUUGUUAGUUGAUCCUAAUUGUAAUAAAUCUCCCUUGGAUAUUUUCGAUGAUUUAGAUGAUUUUGAAAGAAUUUUUGAAAAGUUUAUGUUUCUUGGUGAUGAAAGAAAUCUUAAAUCUAUUUAUGUUAAAGGUCAAAAUGUUUCUGGAACCGAUUUUGAAGAGGUGGAUUCACAUGACAAAAAUUAUUAG